GAUAAAUUAUUUUAGAAAAGAUUGUUAGAGUGAUUUAAAGACUGCCACCCCCGAAUAAUUCACGGAUUACGAAGAUCGUCAGUUCGGGUCUCUGUACCUGUGUUUGGGCUCCAGUUUAAAUCAAGCGUAGGGUUUGGGCAAUGAUUUGAUCCCUCCCAACCCUUCCCCAACCCCCGCCCCCCCGGGGCGCUGCCGGAUCGUCGUUCUCCUAGUGACCGCUCGAGAUCGGGAACCUGCACAUCACGAGAGAUCGUCGCGUCCUCGGAUGCGCUCCAUGGUCGAUUCCACCGCGGAAGGUUUGAGUGUCAUAUUCACAAGUCAGUAGAAGCAAUAAUCCAUUUCAAAUGGGUGCUCCCAAGCAAAAAUGGACGCCAGAUGAAGAAGCUGCACUUAAGGCUGGAGUUCUUAAGCAUGGGCCUGGCAAAUGGCGCACGAUUUUGAAAGAUCAAGAAUUUAGUGGCAUAUUAUGCAUGCGAUCUAAUGUUGAUCUCAAGGACAAGUGGCGAAACAUGAGUGUGACUGCAUAUGGAUGGGGAUCUCGAGAGAGAGCUAGGAUAGCCUUGAAAAAGAGCCGACAGAUCUCCAAGCAUGAUGGCACACCAAUGUCCAUCAGCACUGUAGUUAAGGAUAUCGAUAAUGAAAUUGUUGAUGUCAAGCCUCUUGCCAUGUCUAGUGAACCUCUUCAAAUUACUGGUCAAAAGAGAACUAUCUCUAGGUUUGACGAUCUCAUAUUGGAAGCUAUAUCCAAUUUGAAGGAACCCACUGGUUCUAACAAGACAGCUAUUGCCUUGUAUAUAGAGGAUCACUACUGGCCUCCUACAGAUUCUAAACAGUUGUUAUCAGCAAAAUUGAAGGCUUUGACUGCAUGUGGGAGAUUGAUUAAGGUGAAGCGCAAGUAUAGAAUAGCACCAACUUCAGCUUUUUCAGAAGAGAAAAGCUCCAAAUUUCUUCUUCUUGAGGGAAGACAGAAGGAACCAAGAGUUGAUAUCAAAUCCCUCUCGAAAUCUCAAGUAGAUUCUGAAUUAACACGGAUGCGAAAUAUGACAGCUCAGGAGGCUGCAGCUUUUGCUGCUCAAGCAGUUGCAGAAGCAGAAGCAGCCAUGGCAGAAGCUGAACAAGCUGCAAGAGAGGCAGAGAUUGCUGAAGCUGAUGCAGAAGCAGCUCAAGCAUUUGCUGAGGCUGCAAUGUUAACACUGAAAAAUAGAAAUGCUACUAAACGGAUUCUCUGCUAGGGAUGGAGUUCAAAUGUUCAACCCCAGUCUUGAUGUAAGGUUGACCAUUAAACUCUUCCUCAGUUGGCUAGGUCAACAAAGCUGGGCAAUGAUGACUCUCAAAGGAACUCAAACAAUGUCUGCCACACAGUCUCUUUCAUCGAAUUCCAAUCUCGGCAUUUGCUCAUCUGUCGUGAGUUAGCAAAUAUAUUUUCCUUCACAUGGUGAUCACUGUGGCUGCAGAAAGUGAAGGACUCGUUGUAGUUCAACCAUCCAAUCAUGUGGGUUUCUCUCGGAAACAAAGCAUGUGCAGAUAAUGCUUCGUCUUAGUGUUCUUCAUCAAAAUCUUUUUUUUUUUUUGGUGGAAUUCUCUUUGGUUUCAGAUAUUAAAGGCGUAUACUUUGAUAUCAUAUGCAUACAGCCGAAGUGGGCAAGGGGAUGCAUUAGAUAGAGAUGAUUAUAUUGAAUAUAUUUAGCAUUGAAGUCUUAA